AUGGCAGUUUCGAGAAUUAAAACAACACUGAAGCUGAAGCCCCUAAAAACACCUGUUUUUUACAAGAGAGAUAGAGACUUACGAGGAUCUUUUCCAGGCUACCUACAACACAGAGGAUCGAAGCUGAGCCCUGCACAACUGGAAGCCUUCCGUAAUGCUUACAACUUCUUCACCAAGGAUAAAAGUGGCUGUAUUGACUCACAUGGCUUGAUGUGCACAUUAGCUAAACUGGGGAUGAAUCUAAACACGUAUGAUAUCUUUAAUGAAUUGAAAUGUGCUGAUCUUGACAGGGACGGUAAGAUCAACUUCUCAGAUUUUAUCAAGGUGCUGACAGAUAAGAAACUCUUUAUCAAGGCUGUGGUUCCAGAAAAGAAAAUGUGUUUAGAUUUUGCUAACAACCCAGGGAUCUUAUUGUUUGAAAUCCUUUCAAAACUCGUGGAGACUUCAGCCCUGCACAGAAAGGAUAUUAUCGAGAUAGUGAGCUAUUUCCGAAGAAAAUUCCAGGAAACCAGCUCAGAAAUGCUGUGGAGUCCAUAUGGAAAAAGGGGCUUAAAGGCAGACAUAUGCAGUCCUCCGCGCUCAAGCACUGCUGCCUUCGCCAACUCUGCCAGGAUCUCAAUAAUGAAAGAAAGAGAUUUGUAUAAGUUUCUUGAAGUACUCAAGCAGUGUGAUCUCCGUUCGGAUAGCCCAUACUCAAAAAUACCUGUCUUUCCGUUGUUUCCUGACGUGGAUGGGGUGGUGAUGGGAAAGCCGUUCAAAGACUUACAGAAGUUAGAGAUGCUGAGGAAAAAGGAGCCCCUUAAUUUCUUUGAAGAUUACUUUUUCAAUAAAAGAGACUGGAAAACACAGGCUUCGAAUGUGAAACCUCUCAAGUCUGCCUCGGGCUACUCAGAUGACAUCCUGGCCAUUGACCACCUAUUCAAGAAAAAGCAGCACUGGACAGUAUCUGACGCGGCUGCUAUCAAACAGCACGUGAAGAGAGCCACAGACUCCUAUAACUUAGGAAUCGCCCUUGAGCACCGGAAGGAGAUGCUGAAUCUCUGGAGAAAGAUCCGAGGGGACCUGAUUGGGAUCGAGAGCAGCAACGAGUCCUUUUACAACACCUUCUCCACCUACACGUGGUCCUGGAACGUCUGCCAGGAGCUGCUCUCCGCCAAGGACCUGCGGCUGCACGAUGCCUACGUGAACAGGAGCUCCUCCAGCACCUCGGGACUGUCCUCCCCCUCAGACUUCAGCGAGUGCGACCUGGACGCAGGGAGGAAAGGGAAACGGAAAGGUUUCAGAGGGUUCCGGCAAUGAAAUGU